AUGGCUAUGUUUAAACUGUGUAGCACUUUAUUGAUUCAAAGCUUUUUAGUCUUCAUCAUAUAUUUCGUUAAUUUUGCUACAACAGCACCAGUAAACGACGAUUUGAGUACUGUACGAGAAAAUGUUCGUAAAAUAAUGCUUUGGCCUUCUCCGGAACAACUAUCUGAUGUUCUUGUACAAGCAAAAGCUAAUCUUAGCACCUUAAACUUUGAUACUUGUCAGUGGCCUGAUCUAAAUUAUACAACACGUGGCCCAGAAAACUGGGAUCCAGUUCUACAUAUGUUUCGUAUUGCGACAAUGACAGCAGCAUAUACUGCUCCAGGUGGACUCUCCAAUGAUACAAAACUAUCGUUGGGUAUUCAUUGUGCUCUAAAAGUAUGGAUUGAACAAGAUUGGCAAAAUCCCAAUUGGUGGUGGAAUUAUAUUCAAGAUCCACUGAUAGCUACCGGCAUUAUGAUGAUGUUAGGUGUGGAACGAAUGACCAAAUAUGAAAUUGAUGCCAUUGUGAAGAUGUCAUAUCGUGCCAAUUGGUGGAUUAAAGAUUGGGAAGGUGGUGCCAAUUUAGUUUGGGAAUUACAAAUACAGCUGUACUGCGGUUUAUCAACGUCAAAUUAUUCGGCGGUGUCACAAGCUUUUGAAGUGAUGUGGAAUACAGUACAAAUACAAAAUCUUACAACAAUGGGCAUACAAACAGAUUGGUCGUAUCAUUUUCAUGGUUCCCAAUUACUUCCAGCAGCAUACGGUGAUGCAUGGGCAACAAAUAUUCUCCAUUUUCACAUGGCCACACGUGGCACACAAUAUGCUCUGUCGAAAGAUCGUCUGGAAGUUUUCGGUCGAUUUUUAACAAGAGGCGAUGCCUGGUUUACGAUGGGUAGUGUAUGGGUGUGGUCUCUUAUCGGACGUAUUAUCGAUCGCGGUGUACACGCUUGGUACUCACAUUUGUUUCCAUCUGAUCAACUACGUGAACUAGCGAUGGAUAUGACAGAUAAUACGACUGCAGUUGCAUUAUGUGAAUAUGCUGGUCGUCUUGAGCAUGACCAUCGAACUGUACCUUUAAUUGGUAAUCGUCAUUUCUAUACAAGUGAUUUUCAAGUACAUCGACGAGUCAAUUGGACAGUAGCAUUAAAAAUGCAUUCUGCUCGUGUAAUAGCUACAGAAUGUGAUAACUACGAAAAUUUAAAAGGUGAACAUAUAGGCGAUGGAACAUUAAAUCUCUAUACGCGUGAUGCUCAAUAUGGUGGCGGUGAAGAAUAUGAAAACAUAUUCGCUUUACUUGAUUGGCAAGCUAUCAAUGGUAUUACCGUUGAAGCUGAUACACCGUUAGUCCAUUGUGAUCGAGGUAAAGUACCGAUGCUUAAUACAACAUUUGUUGGUGGUGUUAGUGAUGAUAUGUAUGGAGCAGCAUUAAUGGAUACUGCAACACGUAAUUUAACGGCGAAACGUUCAUGGCAUUUCUAUGAUACAUACAUCGUUGCAUUAGCAAAUGGUAUUCAAGAUAAUACAACUGCAUUAUUACAAACAGCUCUGGUGAGCCGAUUAUUACCUGCAGCUGAUACUUUAGCAGGAACACUAACAGUGCAAUGGAGUAAUGGUACGAGAAUGGUAUUACCUGAUGGUAUUUACACAUUUUCAUACGAUCAACCGCGUAUUUUAUGGUUUCACGCUGAUGGUACAGCUUGGACAGUUUUAGAAGAAUACCAAACAUUGAUGAUUGAUUGUCGUAAUAAAACUGGUAAUGUUGAUCAGAUAGGUCCAUGGGACUUUCAAAUGACUAGCCGUAUCCUGACUGCUGUCAUCAUUCAUGGACGAGGUCCCACAAUCGAACCAUUCUCUUACAAAUAUAUGAUUACACCCAAUAUUACUGUAGAGGAAAUGACUCGAUACUGGGAACGUUACUUAGUUCUAGGAAAUCAUGCACAAGCAUUGACUGUCACACAAAGUCAAGGCGAACCAUUGUAUCUUCACGGUACUUGUGAUCCAUUUCUUCAACGUGCUUCAGUUUUAUUAUUCGAUAAAAACUUCCUCAAUGGCAGCACCACGUAUUAUAAUUGUAGUAGCAUGUCACUUAGCAUUUAUUUGGAACAGCCAGGUGCUAUUUUAUUUAGUGAGAACGCCGAUAGUUUUACAAUUACAGCAGCACAUCCAACUGUUGCAACAGGUACAUUUGCUGUCAAUGUGAAUCGAGCAAGUAGUGCGACUAGCCAAUGUACAAAUAGUUGGAAUUUCGAAAACGGUACACGAGUUUUGAUUUCAUUACCUGGAGAUCCACAAUUACUCGGAAAAAGUGUAUCGGUUACAUGUACAAAAAGAUAA